AUGGAGAUACCAGUCACAGUACGGCCUUCAACAAUGAGAAAAACUCAAACCGCAGUCUGUUCAGUAUUGUCCAAACUUGUGUUACGACAAGCUGCAAAGAUGUUGGUGAGAUUUAUUCCCAGAGCAUACCGCCAGAUAACCAGCUGUCCGAGGUGGAUGAGUUCCAGGAGAAAUGUACCAAUGUUUGGGCGUCGAAGAGAUCCCGGGGAUUCCGUUAGAAAUGACAACUUUUUCGUCAAACCUGUUGAAUCUCAGUUUCGGGAUAUGGCGAAUGCGUUUGACAGUUUUACCCGAAGGCCAUGGUAUAAUGAAGAUUAUGUCAGAUCAAACGACGUAGCUGAGGCAUUUGCGAAAUCGGAAGUUGCAGAAGUCAAAUACGACAGCAAGAAGCUAGAAAUAAAUUUAGACGUGUCUAUGUAUUCACCGGAGGAACUUAAUGUCACCAUAGCUGAAGACAGAAUGAUCAUCAAAGGAAAGCAUGAACAGAAAGAAGACAAUUAUGGUUUCAUUACACGAGAAUUCACGCGAGAAUUUGUUGUUCCAGAGAACAUCGAUGCAGACAGAAUAACUUCUACUUUAUCUGAAGAAGGCAUGCUAAUGAUUCAAGGCAGAGCAAGAGGCGCCGAAGAGGCAAACGAGAGAGUUGUUAACAUAGAAAAAAGAGAAGAAAGAAGAUAAUUGACUCUAGUAUCAUGUCAUUUUGAUUCAUUUGGUCGUAAUAGAGCUGAUUGUUCAACAGUUUGUUUUCAAUUUGGAAUGUGUAUAUGUUAAAUAAGUAAACAAAUCAAUAGAAUUUUAAA